UACCUCUCAUACCCCGUAACAACAGCUAUGAACUUGAAACAGGCCACCGCCCUGCCAUUUCCUGCUGUCACAGUAUGCAAUUUGAAUCGCGUUCACUGCACUAACUUGAGAAGACUCUUUCGUCGAAAUCGAGGAACCGAACUUGGCAAUCAAUUGGAAAGACUGUACCAGGUGACAAGUUGCAGUGUGGUUCGCCGAAUGACCCGGAGUAACCACCGUUAUAGCGACAAUGGUAACAAUGUAGGAAAUAAUCACGUGCACACAGGAGUAGGUGAAUUGUGGAUAGACAAUGAUCCACUAAGGUAUCUGCCUCAGGGAAAAAUGGAAACAGUUUAUCGAUAUACAGGUGAUAACAGCUAUGCGAACACUGUUGCAAAAAAUCAUAGCGAUGGAACCAAGUCCUCGAGAUUGGUCGGUGGCACGAUGUUGCGCAAUUCUGCAAGCCUACAGACCUCGGAAGCUCCAACCAGUCUAGCAACACCAACUGUCAGUGCAACGGACGAAGAAGAGAUUAAGCCCCAGAUAAAUCAAACUCAAUCAUUCAACGACUUGAUGAACUUUCUAGCUUUAUAUGCAAACUUUACGGAAGAAGAUCGCAUCGCAAUGGGUCAUGAUGCUACAGGAUUUAUAAGAGCUUGUACAUUCAGCGGCAAGUCCUGCAGUAACAUUACAUUAUUUUUCAAAACCAUCUCGAGUACUAGCUACGGUAAUUGUUUUACUUUCACCACAACAAGGAGGACAGUAAUGCCAGGCAAAGACUAUGGACUCUCUAUGGAAUUGUUCCUGGACCAGUCUAAUUAUAUCGGAGGAGGACUGAGUCCCAGAGCUGGAGCACGGGUUGUUGUGCAUCCUCCUUCCCAAUUUCCCCUACCAAAUGAGAAUGGAUUAACAAUACCACCGCACACGGCCACCAGCACUGCUCUCGUACAGGUCCAAGUUACCAGAGAGAAGCUUCCGUAUAUAACGAACUGCACCUCAGGAUGGGAACGAACGUGGUACGAAGCGAAGGUUGGAGAUGCUUACAGAUAUUCGAUGGAGCAGUGCCAACGUAUAUGCUUGCAGCUUGCAUUUGAAGAUUUCUGUUCAUGUACACAUCCAAUUUACAUGGAUAUAUCCACAGGUGUAUCGCCUUGCAAUUUAACAUCUGACAAUCGGGAUUACGCCUGUGUUGGCCGGGUGCUCGAAGAAUUUGAAACACGAACACGCGAGUGUAGCUGCAAUAUGGAUUGCAGAGAAAUUACUUACAAUAUGAAAAUUUCCCAAGCUGCAUGGCCGAAUGAGAAUAACUGGUGUGACGUAGCUCAACGUUUUGGUAUGGCAAGAGCCUGCAAGUAUGAGAAAUAUCGGUCAGAUUAUCGGGUCCGUGAAAAACAACUUCUUCUUCAGAACGUUUUAACGAUAGACGUAUUUUUUGAAAACCUCAGAGUUCAAUCUAUCGACCAGCAUCCAACUUACAAGUUGCAAAGUUUUGUCGGCUCUCUCGGAGGUGCCCUAAGCUUGUAUUUGGGAAUAACGCUGUUUAUGCUUCUGGAGGUAUUCGAAGUAUUUGUGAGGCUAGUCUUUGCAUUAUUUUACCGUGGCUGCUGUUUUUUUUACCAGAGAAAACUCACAGGGCCGCAUAAUCAGAGCCAUCGGUGUACGGUUCCGCAACAGGGAAUUUUUUACACAGGUUAGAAAUUAUUUAAAACCUUGUGGACCUGUGUCUCAUCAGUUAUAGCAUACGAAGCUGAAGCUAGUGGUUCGAGUUCAAGCGUCAAACACACCCAAAGUCUUUCAAGCAUUUUUAUUCUCUGGCUCUAGUCCCAUUUUAAUCAACGUCAGUGUUCAUUCUUGAACUCUGACCGCCAUGCUUUAGAAUGACUUUAUUUUAAAAACAAGCCUUAUCCAUAGAUUUCAGAUUCAAUCGGCGAAUGCGGCUGUCUUCUCCGAAUAAAUUUCACAAACCUACAAAGUUUGUCUGGUGACUUAAAUUUCUUCAGUUUCUUUAAAUCUAAUAACCCCUAGUGAUUAUUCAUAUGUAAUCAUACAAAGAAUUAUGUAAAUGUUUGAAUAAAAUUGAAUGAUUGAAAAUUCUGCGAUGGAAAUAUUAUCACCUAUGCAGUAUAACUUAAACUCUGUGUUUAAAA